UUAAUAUUUAUUGCCAUUUUUGUCAUCGAUCUUUUGAAAUCUAACAACCACACUUAUAUGGUAACGACUUGCCAUUUCAAGAUGGUUGCUCCCACCAGCGGGAUAGAUAGGAUCUGGAUCAUUUGGACAUUAGGGCGUUGAAUCGUCAUAUCUGAAAAUUCCAAAUUGAAAGUCGUUCCAAGCUGGCUUGUUUACAGUGUUAUCCCAUUUCUGAGCACCGGAAUCUAUGUGCAUCCACUGCUGCCGCCUCCGCCGGACACCAUGUCCUCCGAUCCCCUACAGCUGUCCCCACUGCCCGGUGCGCACCAUCUCCAGCUGCUGUCCGCUGGGCAGUCGUCCCUUCACCGAGAAUCCCUUCGUGAGGGGCAGGGAUCGGGAGCCACCUCCUGAUCCCUGCGACACCUUGCCACCCCACUGGCUUGGGGUUAACCGUCGGGUCAUCUGUACCCUGGCGAAUAAACUGGAUCGAUCUCCGGAAGCAGCUCAUUAUAUAUUGCUUCGCCUGCUGUAUGCCAACUAUGGCAAAGUGAUGAUGAUAUCCCGAAAGCGAAGGAGCUACAGGGUGCCACUAAGUGGCUUUCCGGAUCAGGAUCUGUUCUCCGCCAGCAACCUCUUCGAUGGUAACGGCUACCUCUCCGAUCCCAUGGCUCCAGAAACUCUGGGCAAGCUGCUCCACAUGUUGCAGGACUAUAUCUUUCGUUUAAGGGCUCUCAACCACAAGUACAAGUGGUUCGGAAAUGGGGACGAUCUCGGAGAAAUACUACCCCUGUUGGGGGAACAAGAUGAACUGGUGAGACUGCUGAAAGAACUCUUUGGCGCCAGCGAUGUGGUGUCCAUUCCAAGACUCCUGGGUGCUCUUAACGAGCUGGAAAUAGAUCAUUUGUUCGGCAAGUGGAAGAAGAAAGCCGCACCUUUGCUCGUGAGAAGUAUAUCCGAUCUCUAUUCGGAGGUGACAGAGCCCAGGAAACCACUGUCGCCAGCGAAUGGUGGCUCUAAAGUUGGUUUCCUGGGGCCAUCUCAGAUUUCAGUCAGAAGAACUCCUGGUUCAACCAAUCUGAAGAAUAGCCAAAAUCGCACUUUAAAUUCGCUUCCUGUAACCAGUUUAAACUCUAACCAGAUGCCCACCCCAAUUACCAUUAUAAAACCCAACUCUAUUGCCAAUAUGGAAUCCUAUGGAACAAAAAAUGCAAGAUCUGUUCCAUCGACUAGUAUUGGCGAAGGUAAUCCAAAUCCGAAGUGUGCGAAACACGUUACCAUCCCAAGCCAAACCGAUUCCUUUGACGCCAAGAAGAGCUCCACCUGGUUGUCCCGCCAUCCGGACUUAGAUCGCUUGACGCCGGAUGGCCGGACUACCAAGGGCCGUGUUUGCCACCAGAAGAAAUUGGUCAGCGGACGGUCAACUGCACACAGUGAAAAGACUCUCGGCGAUGCGGACUUUGGAGUUUUGUUCGACCAAAAAAAAUCACGAAGAUCCACCAGGCUGCCCACUAAAGCGUUGCCAUCAAAGCAAAGGAAAUCUUAGUAUAUAGCUGCAGGCAACCAUUGAAUAGGGCCACUGACCCUAAAUAUAUUUUUAGAACAGCUGCCCAAUCCAAUGGUUGCGCUCUAAACUGACUUAAAAAACACCUUAAUAUAUAUUUAAUAAAUUUCAAUAAGUGCGACAAGGGUACUUAAUACUUUAACCUUAAAAAAAAAUCUCCAGUAAUUCAAUUUCCGUGAAUGUUGUCUAUGAAUAAUCACUCGAGCGUUGAAACUGCAACCUCAAAAGCCCUAAGGUCAGG